UUAAGGUGACAGUCCUUAACCAGAGUCGUGGUGGGACAAUAAAUAGUAAACAACCGGCUCUUCCCGGUUCACACUCCUGUUGUUUAACCAGUUCCUGCAAACACUCAAUAGCUCAUAUUUACUCGGUAAAUCAUGAGGCUCCACGUUCUUUCUCUGCUCGCCCUGUGCGCAUGCGUGUCCUGGGCUGCUGUUAUUUCUCCUCACCAUAUGUGGAGCAAACUGAUCCUGACCCACCACUGGCCCAACACCUUCUGCUCUAUGGAGCACUGCCAUCCAAACAUCAGCUACUGGACGCUGCAUGGACUCUGGCCUGAUAAGGGCAUGGACUGCAAUUCCUCAUGGCAUUUCAACCCUUCUUUGAUAGAGGAUCUGCUUCCUGACAUGAACAAGAGUUGGCCUGAUUUGCGUAAUCGCUCAUCUGUCAGCUUCUGGAAGUACGAGUGGCACAAACAUGGGACUUGUGCUGCCAAGGCAGAGUCUUUGAACAGUCAGCACAAGUAUUUCAGCAAAGCACUGGAACUCUAUCACAAACUGGACUUAAGCAGUGUCCUGGUGAAGUUUGGGAUUACCCCCUCUGACAAAUACUACCCUUUUUCACAAGUUGAAGGAGCGAUUGAGAAUGUCUAUGGCUUCAAGCCUAAGAUCCAGUGUGUCCAUUCAUCCAAGGGUGGAGAUUUCCAGAGUUUGGGUCAGAUUGAGAUCUGUUUCGACUCGGACUUCACACUGAUGGAUUGUGAGAAACAAUCAGCCAAGGAAACCUUUGCAAAAACAGGCUGGGACCAUUUCAGAGGUGCUAAGAAAGCUUCAGGAUUCAGUGUGUGUGACCCUGACAUCCCGGUGUAUUACCCACCACUUCCUUGAAUAGUUAUUUACUGAUAUCGUUGCAACAACAUUCACAUUGUUUUAUCAGGCAGAGCAAUCUACUAAUGUCACUUUGGUUGCAGACAUGGUUUUCCUUUUACAGAUGCAUGGCGCUUACGUCUCUUGCUCUUAGUGGGUCAUGAAUGCGCUUUGGGCUACUGAACAGUCCAUCUUCGUUCUCACUGUUGGUGAAUCGCGCCACAAUUUAUUUUAGGCUUAUCAGAGUUUGCUGUUUUUUUUUUUUUGGUAUGCCCCAGAGUUCAAAUGAACUUUCACAUGUGCCCAAUCAUAGAAAUCUUUAUAUACAGGUAACCUGGUACGAACCAAACAUCUGCCAUAUUUAGUCUAAGGCUUUUGAAAGAACUAGAUGGAUUUUAUGAUUGUUUCUUUCUAGUUUUUAUGUUUUUGCGCUGCAUGUCACAUAUGUUUCUUUUUCCUUAUGUCUUUUUUACGACAAAAAUAUCUUCAGAAUCCUAAAUUUGAAUUCAGUGUUUUCUAUAUUUUGAAGCCUGUUUGCACAGAAAUGUAGAUAAAGUGCACUUUUUGGGCAACAAUUUCUGUUGUCUAUAGAGGUUGUAAUGAUUUCCCUCAAAACCUUUUAUUAUAGUUUUUUGUUUUAUGAAUUAUAAACAUCUUGAUCAUUUUUGAUGUCAUGUCAUUCUCUGAAUUUCCACGUCUGUGUGUCUCUAUGAAACUUUAAUUUUAAGGAGAUACAGGAUGAGUUUGGAAAUGUAAAAGAGCAAAAAUAUGUCACUCAAAUUCAUACAAUUAUCUUUUCUAAUUAGACUUUUGUCUUUGCAUUAUGAAUGACACUUUCUAUUUUUUUUAACUAACGGCUAAAGACAAAUAGUUGUUGUGAAAGAAAGGAAUGAACAGCUUUUGUGAAAAAUUAUUAAAGUUCUUAACUGUGUUUUUAUGUUGUGGUGAUUAAAAUGUAUCUUUGUGAAUAAAAUGCUGAAGGGGCA